UUUUAUGAUUCUUUCACAGUAAGGAUCAGUCAGAAGAAAACAUGAUCAUCUGCUGCCAUGAUCAAAAUGGAUUGCAGUGCUAUCAUCAUACCAACUUUCAAUGCUGGACUCAAUGGUUUGACAUUGAUAAUCCCUCUGGAAAUGGAGACGUAGACAAUCUUAACAGACUGCAGAGAAGAUAUCCUGGAAAAGUCUGCCCAAACCCAUCAGAUAUUGAAGCUAGAACUCUGUCUGGUCUGACUCCACAGAAAGCAGGGGACAUCAUUAAAAUAAGUGACACAAACACAGGAUUGAUCUGCAGAAAGAGGGACCAACCUGACAGGCGGUGUGCAGAUUAUAAGGUUCGCUUCAGCUGCCCCCCUCCUUACUGUGCUGACACAGUGUGUUGGACCAGGUGGUACGACAGAGAUGAUCCUUCUGGAACUGGUGACUGGAAGACUCUGACGGCUCUGCGAAACCAAAACAGGGGAGACAUUUGCAAACAGCCUCUGUACAUCGAGGCUGUUACCGCUGACACCUUGACUCCCGCUAUCAACACGGGAGAAAUUCUAUGCGUACAAUCCAACAAAAGGCUUUAUUUGCCAUAAAAAGGACCAGACGUCUAACACCUGCAAGGACUACAAAGUUCGGUUUGGAUGCCCGUGUGGUUAUUGAGCUACCAAAAUGAGAAGGAUGGAAGACAGGGAAAUGGAAGUUGAAAGGAAGAAAACAUGUCUGUUUGAGUCUAGUUAGAACAAAUUUAUGGGAUAGGCGUUAAUAAGCCGUGUGCUUCAGCCUACUCCUUUUUCAGAUAAUGAUUGUAACAUUUUCUGUCUGUGGUGAUCUGGUUUAUUUUCAAAGGUGUACUUAUCUAUCAGAAAUACACCAUUCAUUCACAAGUGACUAUAUGUUUUGGGUUAUUUUUGAUUUAAGCUGAAGAUUUUCCUUUGUUCAAAUGAUAUGGGGAUACAGUUUAACUGCAAAUAAAAUAAUUGUUAAAAGCAAA